ACAUAUGGGCUAAUCUGAUGCAUCAACCAAAUGUCACAUGGCAAAACAAUGUGAUAAAAUCGUGAUUAUUAUGAUCACUCAAAAUUUGGAUAUGAUUGGCUAAUUAUUUGAAAAUCAAAAUUACCGUGAUUUGUGAAACAGGUCUAAUUUUUAUUCUUUAGAACAAUGAACGCCAAGAAUAAAAAAAGCUCUUUUAAUAAAACUACGUGUUCUUUAUGUCAAUUUACUGACAAUUCAACCCGUCUCUAUACAAAAACUAAACUUUCUUUACACCAAAAACAACUACAUCCCAAUAAUCGCGUAAUUCCACAUAUACAACAACUUUUACUUGAUAGUAUUUCUGAUACUCAAGUUCGAAGUUUUUGGAGUUCCUUGCUAGUCAGAAUUGAAAAAAAGCUUUCAUAUCACCGUUCCAAAAGUGGAGUCAGGCAAUUGACAUGCGAACCAUUUAGUGAAGAAUUAUUUGUUAAAAUUUUUUCUAAUGAGGAAAGCUUCACCUAUAUACCUUAUUUAAAAAAAUAUAAAUGCGUAUUUACAGGAGAAGCAGGAUAUAACCGAUUAGGAUACUUAUUUGAUUGUAAAGAUUGGGGAGAAAAAAAUCACGUUAGCGGAACAAAGGCUUAUGUGUUUAUGGAGAAUGAAAAGCGGAAAAAGGAUGUAACUUUUAUUUGGUCUGAUUUUGUAGUAACAAGAAUUCGUGAUGGCAAAAAACCUUUAAUUUUACAUAGUCCAAAAUUGGUGGUUUCUUUUACAAUUUCUGCCGGUUAUUUUGUUAAAAGUCAAGAGGAUGAUACUGAUGCAAACAUUUUUAAGAAAUGCGAAGAAUGUAUUAUGAGUGAUAACUCAAAUAAUGAACCAAAUUUUUAUUUAGAAAUUAACAUUUAA